GCACUUGCCUUGCCCUUCCAUUUGCAAGAAACCUAGCAAGAUGGCCAAGGUCAAGAUGCCAGAGCUCAGGGCCAAGAGCAAGCAGGAGCUGCUCGCUCAGCUCAAGGACCUGAAGGGCGAGCUCAGCGCUCUGCGCGUCGCCAAGGUCACCGGUGGUGCCCCCAACAAGCUCUCGAAGAUCAAGGUGGUGCGCAAGUCCAUUGCUCGCGUGCUGACUGUGUACAAGCAGAGCCAGCGCGCCGCCGUCCGCAGCACGAUCACCGAGGAGAACGCUAAGAAGAAGGGCCGGAAGUUCCUGCCCAUGGACCUCCGCGCCAAGAAGACCCGCGCCAUCCGCCGGGCACUGACGAAGGAGCAGGCGAACAAGAAGCUGGUGAAGGAGGAGAAGCGCGCCAAGGCCUUCCCCGCCCGCAAGUACGCCCUCAAGGCGUAAAUGCGGCCCUGCAAACCCAGGGGACUGUGUAACACGUGUGCAGUGAAGCGUUGUCUCUCUGCUCAGACGCUCAGC